CUUGGAUGUUUGCAAAUCUUAAUUGUUUGAUUGUUAUUCAUGAAUUUGAAGUGUGGUAUGCUAUCUAGUUUACAUUUCCAAGACUGAAUAAUCAUACAUAUUUGACUAUAAAAUAGUACGCCAUACCCUUGAAGCAAACGCAAAAACAAAAUAGAAACAUUUUCUAAGAUCUGAACAGAAUGUUCAAUUUUUUAUUUUCUUAGUGAUUUAGGAAGAAAAAUAUAAUGCCAAAAAUUAGUCUGCAAUUUUGUAGUUGUGGUCACGCAAAAUCCAUGCCCGGCCAGGACGGCAUGGUUUUACCCGGAGUUUUUUAGAAACAUAAAACGAAAAAAGACAAUUCUAUCAUCGUACAUCACAUUCUCUCAGACCUAGUCAACAACCACUUGUUGCACGGUACUUCUUUAAUUCAAUUUCUUUUACUUUCUUCAACUUGGUUGGUAGCUUUAAUUAGGCCAUUAACUUCCACGCGGAGCUUCUUCUACCUCCACUCAAAUAAUACUGCAUAUUUCUAUUUCUCUUCUACUUCAUCCUUUUUUAUCAAACUACAGUAUUUCUGGAUCCUUCAACUAUUUAAGAGUUUUUUUUAACAGGUUUUCUUGAAAAAUAAGACAACUAUAAAACAACCAUUUCAUUAGUGUAUUAUAAUAAUAUAAAUUAAUAAUCAAUGACUACAUGAUGUUACUAUCUGGUUAUAUAUUUAAUAUGUUUAAAUGAUUUAUACAACAACUGUAGUAAGUGUUCCCACUAUUCUGGGAUCUGAAUUGAAUAGCCAUAGAGAUUAUGGUUACCCACUACUACUCGUCUCUAUGUCGGCUUCCAGAAAAUGUAUAAAAUUAUCAUAACAAAAGUCUUUUACACCCUUAACUAAAAAUGUAAAUUUUUAGUUCCAUUGAGUUUAAUGCAUAUGCAACAGUUUCACACCCUUAACUAAUAAUAAGCAAGAGUCAUAUGAUUUUUAAAAUAACAUAAAUUUUUUUAUUGUACUGUUUUCUUUUAUACAAAACCAUAAGAGUGGUCUUUAAAUAUGAAUUGGUAUUUCUUAGCAAAGUAAUUACUGUAUUCUCAGAAAUCACUUUCACUUAUGCGGCAAGCAUGUUGUAUUUACGGAGCGUGUCCUUUAAAAGUUUGACUAAAUUGGACUAUAAAAAAAAGACAGUUGUUUGUUUUGCAACUUUGCCUCUAUGUAGGAAGCUACUCGGAAAUUGCCUCUAUCUACCCUCUUGCACGUAAUAUUAGCAUAAUGUCUUAUAUAUAGGAGAUAGCCAGCAUUGAGUUUUCAGAAUGAAGUUCUUUCCUAGUAUCUUUUUGGAUUAAGUAAUUAUUGAACUUCUGCUGUUCUCUCAAAAUCCACCAUGAGUACCCAAAGUCUUAAAUAUGAUGGCACCUCAUUCCUCAUUGACAUAACCUCCACUGUUAAUUACACCAUCAACAUAGCCAAAAAGAGAUGGCGUUUUGCUUACACAGCAAUUUAUUCUAGGCGAGUCAUGCUUGCCUUGGCCAAAGAAGUCAUAUCUAAGAGAAAUACCAAAACCAGUCAUUACUCUAACCUCUUCCAAACCCAAUCUUCAAAUUGCAGCAGUACUCUGGAUAUCAUUGAGUCCCUGAUUCCGCAACAUGGGACCAAUCAUCAUCCUUUGCUUCCUGAUGUUGACAAGGUCAGGAUUACCAGUAUGGUCAAGGACAAAAACUUGUCAUCCUUUACAGAGUUUGGAGGAGUUGAAGGUGUUGCAAACAUUCUUGGAACCAUUCCAGAAAAGGGAAUCACUGGCAGCCAUGAAGAUGUUGCCAAACGUAUUCAAGUAUUCGGUUCCAACACUUACCAGAGGCCACCGCCUAAGUUUUUCCUGAGCUUUGUAGUGGAAGCUUUCAAUGACACUACUAUUCUGAUUCUUCUUGUUUGCGCCGGUCUUUCCCUUGGUUUUGGCAUAAAAGAACAUGGUCCGGGGGAAGGCUGGUAUGAAGGAGGGAGUAUAUUUGUAGCAGUGUUUCUGGUGGUGGUUGUUACCGCACUCAGUAACAUCAGACAAGAGAGACAGUUUGACAAAUUGUCAAAGAUAAGCAACGACAUCAAAGUAGAAGUAGUGAGAAAUGGAAGGCCACAGCAGAUAUCCAUCUUUGAUGUUGUAGUGGGAGAUAUUGCAUCCCUUAAGAUUGGUGAUCAGAUUCCAGCAGAUGGAUUGUUCUUGAGUGGCCAUUCUUUGCUAGUGGAUGAAUCCAGUAUGACAGGAGAGAGCGAUCAUGUAGAAAUUGAGUCUUCAAGAAGCCCCUUCUUGUUGUCUGGUGCAAAAGUGGUCGAUGGAUAUGCUCAGAUGCUAGUGACAUCUGUGGGAACCAACACAGCAUGGGGUGAAAUGAUGAGCUCGAUAUCGCGUGACACCAACGAAAGGACACCAUUACAGGCUCGCCUUGACAAGUUAACCUCUUCUAUUGGAAAGGUAGGCCUCACAGUCGCUUUUCUUGUUCUUGUAGUCUUGUUAAUUCGUUAUUUCACUGGAAACACACAAGAUAAAAAUGGGAACACAGAGUUCCAGGGGAGUAAAACUGAUGUAAACGACAUUUUCAAUGCGGUUGUGAGGAUUGUCGCUGCUGCAGUGACGAUUGUGGUGGUGGCAAUCCCAGAGGGUCUGCCAUUGGCCGUCACUCUCACUCUUGCUUACUCCAUGAAAAGAAUGAUGGCAGACCAUGCAAUGGUGAGGAAACUUUCUGCUUGCGAAACAAUGGGAUCGGCUACAGUUAUUUGCACGGAUAAAACUGGUACCUUAACCUUGAAUCAAAUGAGAGUCACCAAGUUUUGGCUUGGCCAGCAAAAUGUCGCGGAAAAAUUUUCCAAUGCAAUGGCCCCUAAAGUUCUUGAAUUAUUCCAACAAGGAGUUGGCCUCAACACAACUGGAAGUAUCUAUAAAUCUUCAUCAAUAUCUGAACCCGAAAUUUCUGGCAGCCCAACAGAGAAAGCUAUACUCUUGUGGGCCGUGUCAGAUUUAGGCAUGGACAUGGAUGAACUGAANCGCACACACGAAGUUCUCCAUGUUGAAANGUUUAACUCUGAAAAGAAACGAAGUGGCGUNGCAAUAAGGAAGGAGACUAACAACACAGUUCACGUUCACUGGAAAGGUGCUGCAGAGAUUAUACUUGCAAUGUGUUCAAAUUAUAUUGACAAUAACGGCAUAGAGAAGUCCCUUGAUGAAGAACGGAGUAAACUUGAAAACAUAAUUGAAGGCAUGGCUGCUAGCAGCCUUAGAUGUAUUGCUUUUGCUCACAUGCAGAUUUCAGAAGAUAUUGAUUAUAACGAUAAGGAGAACGCACACCAAAUCCUUAGAAAAGAUGGCUUGACCUUGCUAGGUAUUGUUGGCCUCAAGGAUCCAUGCCGACCCGACGUCAAGAAGGCUGUGGAAACCUGUAAACAUGCAGGAGUUAGUAUCAAGAUGAUCACAGGUGAUAACAUAUUCACUGCAAGAGCAAUAGCAACAGAAUGCGGAAUACUAGACUUUGAUGGGCAUGUGAGCGCGGGAGAAGUGGUGGAGGGUGUGGAAUUCAGGAAUUAUUCUGAAGAAGAGAGAAUGGAGAGAGUAGAGAAGAUCCGCGUGAUGGCAAGAUCAUCCCCUUUGGACAAACAUUUGAUGGUGCAGUGCUUGAAAAAGAAAGGUCACGUUGUUGCAGUCACGGGAGAUGGCACAAAUGACGCACCUGCUUUGAAAGAAGCUGACAUUGGACUUUCUAUGGGGAUCCAAGGAACUGAAGUUGCCAAGGAGAGUUCAGACAUUGUGAUCUUAGAUGACAACUUCAGUUCUGUUGCCACUGUUUUAAGGUGGGGAAGAUGUGUUUACAACAACAUCCAAAAAUUCAUCCAGUUUCAACUAACAGUGAAUGUUGCAGCUCUAGUGAUAAAUUUUAUCGCAGCAGUUUCUUCGGGAGAUGUUCCCCUGACAACAGUUCAACUUUUAUGGGUAAAUCUGAUAAUGGAUACGCUAGGAGCAUUGGCACUGGCAACAGAAAGACCUACAAAGGAGUUAAUGGAGAAAAAGCCAGUGGGUAGGACUGAGCCUCUUAUUACUAGUAUUAUGUGGAGAAACCUUUUAGCUCAAGCUUUAUAUCAAAUUUCUGUUCUCUUGGUUUUACAAUUCAACGGAAAGUCAAUCUUCAAUGUUAGAGAGGAGGUAAAGGAUACUCUAAUUUUUAAUACUUUUGUUCUCUGCCAAGUAUUCAACGAGUUCAACUCAAGAAGUAUGGAGAAACUUAAUGUAUUCCGAGGGCUUCACAGAAACCAUUUGUUUCUUGGAAUUGUGGGAAUUACAAUUGUUCUUCAAGUUGUGAUGGUGGAACUUUUAAGGAAGUUUGCUGAUACAGAGAGACUAACAUGGGAACAAUGGGGAAUUUGUAUUGGAAUUGCAGCUGUGUCAUGGCCAAUUGCUUGGAUUACAAAGCUCAUACCAGUUUCAGAUAAACCUUUCUUCAGCCACGUUAAGUGGGUAAAUUUAUCGGUCUUGAAGAUUAAGCAUUAUUUAUAAUUUUACCUCGUCACUUGCUUUAGGAACCAAAAAUUCCAAGCAUCUUCAACACUGGAAUAUGAGAUAUUCGUGUAUACCAUGUAUGGAAAUUCAAGACCCUUUAUGGUUAAAACAUACAGGAUCUUGAAUUUCUAUGUAUCUUAUACCUAAAUAUCACAUAUUUAAUAGUGUGCAAGAUGCUUGGAAUUUUAUGGAAUCUUACCUCGCAUCUUCUUCAUUCAGUCUAGAAAUUAUUAAACGGUGAAUUGGGGUGGGUGGAAUUAGGAUAUAGAUGAUAUAUUAAAGUUCACACUCUCUCUGUUGUACCAAAAAAGUAUAUAAAAAAUAUUUGGGUUGUGGGAACUUAAAA